CAGAAAGAAACAACAAAAAGUGGCUCGACUGGCAAACGUUGAUCAGUAGUCCCUCACUCACUGCUGGAUUUUAAACUUCUCUCUGAUCUGAAGAAAGAAAAUCAGCCCUUUGCCCUUUUUUCGAGGAUAGAAAAUGUCUGGAAAACUGAAUUACAAAGUCGCCGAUAUUUCCUUGGCCGAGUUCGGCAGGAAAGAAAUCACCCUCGCUGAGAAUGAAAUGCCUGGGCUGAUGGCCAUUCGCAAGAAAUAUGGACCUCAGAAGAUACUCAAGGGUGCGAGAAUAGCCGGCUGUCUCCACAUGACGGUCCAGACAGCAGUUCUCAUCGAGACCCUCACGGAACUAGGGGCAGAGGUACAAUGGUCCUCGUGCAACAUUUUCAGUACCCAAGACCAUGCAGCGGCAGCAAUCGCGAAGACGGGUGUUCCCGUUUACGCCUGGAAGGGUGAAACCGAUGAGGAGUACAACUGGUGCAUCGAACAAACUCUAGUUUUCAAGGAUGGAAAGCCCCUGAACCUCAUCUUGGAUGACGGAGGUGAUCUCACCAAUCUCGUCCACACUAAAUACCCAGAGUACCUGAAAGACUGCCGCGGUAUCUCCGAGGAAACAACUACUGGUGUCCACAAUCUCUACAAAAUGCUCCGAGAGAAUAAACUCAAAGUCCCAUCCAUCAACGUGAAUGAUUCCGUCACAAAGAGUAAAUUCGACAACCUUUAUGGAUGCCGAGAGUCCCUGAUCGACGGAAUAAAACGAGCAACUGAUAUAAUGAUCGCUGGGAAAGUGUGCGUGGUUGCAGGAUACGGAGACGUAGGCAAGGGUUGCGCUCAAAGCCUCCGGGCCUUCGGUGGUCGAGUCAUAAUCACUGAAAUCGAUCCGAUAAACGCUCUCCAGGCUGCCAUGGAGGGGUACGAAGUUACAACAAUGGAGGAAGCUGCUCCAAAAGCCCAAAUCUUCGUCACAACGACUGGUUGCAAGGACAUCAUCACUGGUGAACACUUUGAGUCGAUGCCGGAUGACGCUAUUGUCUGCAAUAUCGGACACUUUGACUGUGAGAUUCAGGUGUCGUGGCUGGUGAAGCACGCUGUCGAAAAGAUUAACAUCAAGCCACAAGUUGAUAGGUACAAGCUUAGCAAUGGCAGACACGUAAUUCUGCUUGCUGAGGGACGACUGGUCAAUCUGGGAUGCGCCACUGGACACUCCAGCUUCGUCAUGAGUAAUUCGUUCACUAAUCAAGUGUUGGCACAGAUCGAACUGUGGACCAAGCCUGGAGACUACAAAAUUGGAGUUCACAUGCUGCCUAAAAAGCUCGAUGAAGAAGUGGCUGCCCUUCACCUGGAGAAACUCGGCGUCAAACUCACGAAAUUGACUCCAGAGCAGGCGAAAUACUUGGACAUUCCUGUGAAUGGACCCUUCAAGCCUGACCAUUACAGAUACUGAAUGAAUUCUACCAAUCAUUGACAAUCAUGUGGGGAUUCUUCUUUGCGAAAUUUAUGGUUUCUAUUUUCAACUUGAAGUGUAUGAUUUUAGUAAGGGAUAGUGAUGUGAAGUGAGCAUUUCCAUCGAUAAAGAAAAUUUUUUGUA